AUGGCGUCGACCGUUCGUAAGAGAUUGCUUAAUUAUUUUGAGAUCGGAGUACCGGUGCCACAAAUCUGUGGAUAUUUGGGGACGGAGAAUGAAAACUUGCCUAAUGUAAAGGAUAUGCAGCAUGAGGUCUAUAAGGAAAGACGCUUGAAGAUGGAAGGUGGAGAUGCAAAAGCCAUAGGAGUAAAUCAUCAUGGUCAAUCACCGUUGUUACGGUGUGCCCUUGUUUCACGCGAAGAUUGUGACACAUUUCGUUGCAUUUUCCGACAGUGGUUGUCUUGUAUGGGCAACAAAGCUCCCCUUGCCAUCCUAACCGAUCAAGCACCGGCAAUGAGGAAGCCAUUAGCUGAAGUUAUGCCCAACACACGACAUCGAUGGUGCAUAUGGCAUAUCUUGAAGAAAUUUCCCAAAAAACUUGGGAAGUGUGCUUUGUAUAACGACUUCAAGAAUCCUUUGAAGAACGUGAUAUACGACAACUUUACUAUCGAUGAAUUCCAAAGACGGUGA